UCGGCUGGUCGCGGGGCCGGGCUGCGGGCUCUGUUUUCGGGCUGGGUGACACCGCUGGCCCGCUGCCUUACAUGGGCAAACCUUACAUGGGCAAACCUCUGAACUCGCUGCACACACGGCUGGAAUUUCACGCACUGACGUCACGCCGCACGCUCUCUCCCCAGUCCCACUAUUUUUUGGACCAAGAAAGUUUUUCACACUAAUUUGGUGGGAUUUUGCAAGCGUCUGAUUGAUUCUUAGAAAGCGAGAUUUCAAGACGUCAAUUUAGCAUUCAACUUGGACCUCUUAUACUCCACAGAAAAAAGGAGCCUGAGUUGACGACCCUCAUUGCUCUGUGCACAAGUUAAGAACCAUGUGGAACCAGGGAGACCAGCCAGCCCAAGUUUCUGCCAGGAUGGAGACCACGCCCCCUAUCGGCAGUGCCAGUAUCUCCGUUUCCCAACAGCAGUCACCUAAGAAGUUUGCCCCUGUGGUCGCCCCAAAACCCAAGUUUAACCCCUACAAACCGCCAGCAGAAGACUACCCGCCCCCACCACCACCUCCGGAAGAGCUAACCACUCUGCCAACAUCGGGCACCUUCCCUCCUCCCCCGACCAACUCCUACGACCCCUACCAGAUGAGGACUCCAGAGAAGACGCUGGAGGAGAGGCGCUCCAGUCUUGACGCUGAGAUUGACUCUCUUACCAGUAUCCUGGCUGACCUGGAGAGCAGCUCGCCCUACAAGCCCCGCCCCGCACAGAACUCUGGUACGUCAGCCACCUCCUCUCCAAAUGCCCCUGUGACCGGCUACAAACGAAUGGUGAUCCCCACUCAGCCUCCUCUCACCGCCACCAAGAAGUCCACCCCCAAACCCCAGUCCCCCGCUGCAGUCCAGUCCACUCCCCCCUCCUCUGCCCCGUCAACCAAACCAGUGUCCCAGCAGCACCCUGCCCCUCAGCCUGUGCCCGCCUCCUACGCCACUGCAUCCACCCCGAGCCAGCCCACUUUUAAUGUGCAGGUGAGGUCUGCCCAGCCAGGACCCCAGCAGCACCCCUCCCCGGCAGGACAGGGGUACAAUCAGCACCCUAUCCGCAGCCCAGCUCAGGUCCAGUACAUGCCCGCCCAGCCCAAGGGUCCCGACUUCGCCUACGGACCCCCACAGCCGGGCUUCUCUCCCAUGAGCCAUGGAGGGUAUCCCGAGCAGCAGCCCCGGAGACCAGAGCCUGCCCCAAACCAAGGGUACCAGCAAGGAGCACCCAAGAAGACCUAUAUCACAGACGUCCCACCCAGUCUGGCACCCUACGCCCCUGGACCAGCUGUGCCACCAAAGGGCAACACUCCUGUGGCCCACCCUGAAGAUGAGCUUGAACGCCUCACCAAGAAGAUGCUGUAUGACAUGGACCACCCUCCGUCUGAAGAGUACUUUGGGCGCUGUGCCAGCUGUGGGGAGAACGUGGUGGGCGAGGGCACCGGCUGCACGGCCAUGGACCAGGUCUUCCACGUGGACUGCUUCGUGUGUAUGACCUGCAGCAGCAAACUGCGUGGAAAGCCCUUCUACGCCGUGGACAAGAAGGCCUACUGCGAGCCCUGCUAUGUGAACACCCUGGAGACGUGUAACAGUUGCAGUAAGCCCAUCAUGGAGCGGAUCCUCAGGGCCACGGGGAAGGCCUACCACCCACACUGCUUCACCUGUGUGGUGUGUCACCGCAGCCUGGACGGAGUGCCCUUCACUGUGGACGCCUCCAACCACAUCCACUGCAUCCAGGACUUCCACAAGAAAUUUGCCCCCCGUUGCUGCGUGUGCCAUGAGCCCAUCAUGCCUGCUCCCGGGCAGGAAGAGACGGUGCGCAUCGUGGCUCUGGACAGGGACUUCCAUGUGCAGUGCUACCGCUGUGAGGACUGUGGCUCCCUGCUAUCUGAAGGAGAGAACCAGGGCUGCUACCCUCUGGACGGACAUGUGCUCUGCAAGAACUGUAACAGCGGCCGCAUCCAAGCUCUGACCGCCAAGGCCACCACCGACCUGUGAACCCCUUGUACCCUCUGACCCCCGAGCAGCAUCCAGACCUGCCCUCCAGAGUACACAUCUUAUUAUGCUUCAAUCCAUCGUAGUAUUUAUGCUGCUUGUGGCCAGUCUAAUGCAUUGAAUUCACACUUUCACCUACACAUUCCUCAAAUACCACACUUUUUAAAGGUACACUGCGUAAUAUUUCUAAAGAAUGGUCUGCUACCUGUUUUUUUUCUAUUGGUUGAAAUGUUAUUGCCUUGUCUAGAUGUUCCACAGUAUAGAUUAAACCUACUGUAAUUUCCGGACUAUAAGCCACUACUUUUUUCUCACUCUUUCAACCCUGCGGUGAAUAAAACGACACGGCUACAACUAUCCCCACCCCCGAGAGACUCUGAAAUCUGCUGAAAUCCUCCAAGACACUGAUAUGAAACAGGUAGGACAGAGGCUCUUUCUGCAGGAGACAUGCACAAGAGAGCACGGGGAGAGACGGGGGUGAUGUGCCGAGGAAGAUUCUAGUUUGUGUUUUGAACAGUUAUUUUGCGCUUCAUACACACACCCUCCUCUUGAAAAAUACACAAAGAAAUGCAGAUGAUGCAGCUUUUAAGUUAACAGCAAUUGAUGUGGCUGUAGAAGAUGGAAACAGCUGCUGCACGUGAGCUCAGCAUCAGUGAGUCGGUGGUGAGACUUUGGCGACAGCGUAAUGAACUGACUCAAUACAAAAAGAGGCAAUGAAAGCAGACGGCCUGAACUUGAAAACUUUCUUGAAGCCGUGAACACCUGUGGCUUAUAUUCAGGUGCGGCCAACAUAUGUACAUUUUUUUUAAUUUUGUUCAAAUUAGUUGAUGCGUCUUAUAUUCAGAUGCACUCAAUAGUCUGGAAAUUACGGUAGGGAGACAAGAAGCUUACAUCACUCCGCUACAUUACAAUUCAGAUCUGUAGAGAAUAUUCAUUGAAGGAAUUGAGGUAUUUUUGAGCAAGCGCAACACUUGUAAUGAAUAAAUGCCAGAUGGAAAUGCUUAAAGUCAUAUGAUGGAACAUUCCAGGCAAGCAAUGACAUUUCAAGCAAUUGGUGGACCGUCCACUAGAAAAGUUGCAAAAUGCACCUUUAGAGAAACAAAUAAGACAAUAUACUUUUAACUUUAUAUUUAGAAUUUCAUAUCAUUUUCUACAAGCUGUGAGUAUUUCCGAGUAUGUUUUUUAGCACAUGUAGCAUCCAAUAAAUCUUAGCAGAGAUGGAAAUGUAGAAGACAGUCAGCACGUUUUUUAUAUCAGAUGAAACUGAAAAUGUAAGGCAUUUGCGGGUGUCAAGAUGCUUGCCUCAGAGUUGGAAGUUUAACUCUCAGCUCUGACAAUUUGCUGAAUGUCUCAUCCACUCUUUCCCCUGCUGUUACAUGCUGUUAGUGCCUUGUCUACAUGGAUUAACAGUCUCCUUCUUAAAAAAUAAAACUUCUUUUAUUUGGA